CGGGGCGGGGUGGGGAAGGGAAGGGAUGGGCUGCGCCCCCAGCAUCCACGUCUCGCAGAGCGGCGUGAUUUACUGCCGGGACUCGGACGAGUCCAAUUCCCCCCACCAGACCACCACCAUCUCGCAGGGCACCGCCACCCUGCACGGUCUCUUCAUCAAGACAGACGCGGCCGACUCCAUCCCCUCCGUCCUCGCCUACCAGAGCCGGCAGCCGCCGCCACCGCCCUCCGCCGGCCCCCGCCGCAAGGAGCGAAGGGACCCCGGCGCCUCCGCCCGGGCCAGGGCGCCCCGCUGCUGCGGCGUCGAGGCGGAGACCCAGACCAGUAACGCCGGCGGCAAGCAGGCUUCAACUACAGAAGUACAAUUUGGGCCCAUGAGACUGACACAAGAUCCAAUUCAGGUUUUGCUGAUCUUUGCAAAAGAAGACAACCAAAGUGAUGGUUUCUGGUGGGCUUGUGAUAGAGCUGGAUACAGGUGUAAUAUUGCCCGGACUCCAGAGUCAGCGCUUGAAUGUUUUCUUGACAAGCACCAGGAAAUAAUUGUUAUAGAUCACAGAAACUCCAGAUACUUUGAUGCAGAAGAUAUCUGCAGAUCUAUUCGUGCCACAAAGCCAUCAGAGCACACUGUAAUACUUGCUGUGGUUCCACGCACAUCUACUGACCAAGAAGAGACUUCUGUUCUUCCCCUUCUUAAUGCAGGCUUUGAUAGGCAAUUCAUGGAGAAUAGCAGCAUAACUGCUUGUUACAAUGAACUGGUUCAAAUAGAACAUGGGGAAGUGCGAUCUCAGUUCAAAUUACGGGCUUGUAAUGCAGUGUUUACAGCAUUAGAGCAUUGUCAGGAAGCUAUAGAAAUAACCAGUGAAGAUCAAGUCAUUCAGUAUGUUAAUCCAGCCUUUGAACGGAUGAUGGGGUAUCAAAAGGGAGAGCUUAUUGGCAAGGAACUUACUGAACUACCAAAAAGUGAUAAAAAUUGUGCAGAUCUGUUAGACACUAUCAACACAUUUAUUAAAAAAGGAAAGGAAUGGCAAGGAGUUUACUACUCAAGAAGGAAAUCAGGAGACAGUAUCCAGCAGCAUGUGAAGAUUACACCUGUGAUCGGUCAAGGAGGGAAAAUAAGACAUUUUGUGUCCAUCCAAAGGCUGCAUUGUAACAAUGAAAACAACAAACAGCUCUACAAGAGUCACCAUGAUGAGAAGUACACAGAAGACAAUUCUCAGUCAGAAUCCCAUUCUUUCAAAUGCAAGAACAGAAGGAAAGACUCAACGGAUGUUAAGUCAGUAACAUCGCAAAGUAGUGAUGCUUCAAGUUUACAGACCCGACGGUACUCUUCCAUGGCAAGGAUCCACUCAAUGACAAUAGAAGCUCCUAUCACAAAGGUUAUUAACAUAAUUAAUGCUGCCCAGGAAAACAGCCCCAUCACAGUCGCAGAGGCCUUGGACAGAGUUCUGGAAAUCCUGCGAACAACAGAACUUUAUUCCCCUCAGCUAGGUACCAAAGAUGAAGAUCCUCACACAAGUGAUCUUGUUGGAGGUCUGAUGACUGAUGGCUUGAGAAGACUGUCAGGAAAUGAGUAUGUGUUUUCUAAGAAUAUAAACCUGAGCCAUAGUCACCUCUCCGUGCCAAACACCAUCAGUGAUGUUCCGCCCUGUAUUGCACAGCUCCUGGAAAAUGAGGAAAGCUGGGACUUCAAUAUUUUUGAGUUGGAGGCUGUUACAAGUAAAAGGCCGUUAGUGUAUUUGGGCUUAAAAAUUUUUGCCCGGUUUAGAGUGUCUGAGUUUUUAAACUGUUCAGAAGCAACACUGCGAGCAUGGCUGCAGGUGAUUGAAGCCAACUACCACUCCUCCAACUCAUACCACAAUUCUACACACGCGGCAGAUGUCCUGCAUGCUACCGCUUUCUUUCUCGGGAAGGAGAGAGUUAAGGGAAGUCUUGACCAUUUAGAUGAGGUGGCUGCAUUAAUAGCUGCCACCAUUCAUGAUGUAGACCACCCUGGACGGACCAACUCUUUCCUGUGCAAUGCAGGUAGUGAAUUAGCUGUCCUUUACAAUGAUACGGCUGUAUUAGAGAGUCAUCACACAGCACUGGCAUUUCAGCUUACAACUAAAGACAGCAAAUGCAACAUUUUCAAGAAUAUUGACAGAAGUCACUACCGGACAUUGCGCCAGGCCAUUAUUGAUAUGGUUUUGGCAACAGAGAUGACAAAGCACUUCGAGCAUGUGAACAAAUUUGUGAACAGCAUCAACAAGCCAAUGGCAUCUGAGGAGAGCAGCUCACAUAGCGAAGGCAGCGACUGUGAAUGUACAGCCAAUAUAAAGAAUUUUCCAGAUAACCAGACACUGAUCAAACGCAUGAUGAUUAAAUGUGCAGAUGUAGCAAAUCCAUGUCGCCCCCUAGAGCUAUGUAUUGAAUGGGCAGGAAGGAUUUCAGAGGAGUAUUUUGCACAGACUGAUGAAGAGAAGAGACAGGGUCUACCUGUUGUAAUGCCAGUAUUUGACAGAAACACCUGCAGCAUCCCCAAGUCUCAAAUUUCCUUCAUUGAUUAUUUUAUAACAGAUAUGUUUGAUGCAUGGGAUGCAUUUGCACAUCUGCCUGUUCUGAUGCAACACUUGGCAAAUAACUACAAACACUGGAAAACACUGGAUGAGUUAAAGUGCAAGAGUCUCAGGCUCCCAUCAGAAAACAACAACUGACACCAAGGCAAGAAAAACAGACCUCUUGAUCUACCAGUUUCACUGUGAAUCACUUACUGACUUGGCUAUAAGAGGGAUGGCGUUUCCUUUCCAGCAAAAUUAAGACUGUGUGGCAAGAAAGAAAUAUCUUAUUCAUCACUUUCAAGCUUCUCUGAAUCUUACAGAAGAAUGUUUUCAAAAAGGCUACAUAAUCCACAGAUGAAUAAGUGCUCUUUGGAAAUAACAUCUUGUGUCAGAAAAUGUACUUCUGAAACUAAUUUCUAAUACUGAAUAUGCAUUUGUCAGAUCUCGUAAUUGAUACAACUCUAUUCACUAACACUUCACACAACUUUCUCAGACAGAAGGGUAAUCUAGUCACCAGUAGAGUAAGAAUAGGUUGACAAAUCAGCAUAAAAACUUCCCACUUAUCUAGCAUAAAUUUGCUCCAAUUCUACUGAUGUUCUUCAGCUCUCUGAAUCAUAAUUCUAAAGAGAACAUGCUCAGUAGAACAAGUAAAGCUCAGUAAAUUGGAUACAGUAAAAAACAAACUGCACCAUUUAAAACAACCUUCUUGUUUCAGACAAUCUCUCAGAGCACCACCCACUCUCCUUUCUUUCCACAUAAAAUCUUAGUAGGAGUCAAAGCCCCUUAAAAUUGGUUAUAUAAUGGAGGAAAAAUAAGCAUGUUCUGUAUAAUUGGUGCCACCCGCAUGUUUCUGUGCCAUCUUAGAGAUGCCACCAUGCAAUGUUUCAUCCAAUUUUACACAAAAAACAUUGUGGCACUUGAUCAACAACCUUUUUUAUAAAGUGUUUGUACACACGGUCAUCAAUUUUAUUGAACUGAUUUAAAUUUUAUGAUAAGUCCAAAUAUUGUGCUACUUACUUCUAAGAUGAAUCUGUCGCUUUUUAAAAAGAAAUUCCAGGUUAUAAUUUAUAACAGCAUUAUAAUUAAUUUGUACUACUUUUUCCCUCCUAUUAAAAUGCUGGUUUGUUUUGUGAUGUAAAAAGUACUUCAAAAGAUGUAAAUAAGUUAAAAAUCAAACAUAGUUUUUCAUUAGUUUUAAGAUACAAAAUUUAUGCUAAAGCUUCCAAAGCACAAAUGCAUAUUUUUGUACAUUUCAUUUUAAUCACAUGCAGAACAUGAACAUGAGUUAAAAUUUUAGACUAUUCUCAGACUAUUCAGUUAAUAAAUACUAACAGAACUGCUGAUUUUUAACACUGUGCAUACCAGGCUCCAGGCAAGAGUGUCAAAGCUGUGGCUACAGUUGAAGCAGCAGCCCACUACUCUUUAAAAGGAAAGGUCUUGCGGCCUACUCUUUACCUCCCCUAUGCUGUAUCAACAAUUGAACCUGGUAAACAGAGUUUAGAUUGCUGUGGAAGAAAAGUGACAAUGAUGAUUGUUGUUUACUGCAGGUAGCUUACAUAAUGUGCCAACCCUUUUUGUACGUUUUGUACCAGGUUCUGAAACAAAAGGAAACAUUCAUAAAAUGUAUGUGCAGAGAAAUGUAUAUAAGCUAUAUUUUUGUUAGAAUUGUAAUAGAACCUUACUUUUGUCAUAGCUAAGGCAGGUUGUUGUGUAUUAAAAUGCUGCAUUGUGUAUAUUUGAAGAAUGAUGUUUCUGGUGAACUAUGUUUAUUCAUUCUUUCUUAUUAUCUAUUGCAACAUUCUUCAAUGGAUUUUUAUUCAGAUAAGUUGAAGCUCAGUUUUUUAUACUGUGAACUGUUUGCUUUUACCAUUCCUUUAUUUAGAACUAGUGCUCUUGGUGGUUGUACCUUAACUAUUCUAAUGACUGAAUGCUCAUUGCAGCUUGCAUUAGAAAAAAUAAUUUCACAAGAUUCAAAGCUUUGUCAUCUUAAUUUGUUAAAUACAGCACCACUGUAAGACCACAUCCAUGUAAAACAUGUCAUUAUUUUUGUCUCACUUCUGUCAGAAGGAAGAAGAUGUGAAUGGUGGAAAGGUGAAAUAAACUUCAGCCUCAGUUCUGGUUCACAAGUUCAGGCAGUAAUGUGGAAUCAGUGUAUUUGUUGCCGGAUCCUGUGUUUCUUCCCACAGUCAGAGAUUAAGCAAAAAAGUAAUCUGUGUGGAGAUAGUCCUCAUUAAUCUGUGCUGAUUUCUUUUGCUCUUAAUUAUCAUCUGCCAGUUCUGUCAGAUCUCCUAGACUCUAACCUGUACAGUUGACCAACGGCUGCUUGUUUCAUGCUAUUGUCAUUGCACAUAUAUUGACAGUAAAACAGCCACCUCAGAGUUGUACAAGUACUAAGGGUAGGUCUGAUAAGGAUAUUUAUUUUCAUGAUGUGAACAGAUGGAAUUCGGCAUUAUGGUUAAGUGGAAAAAGCAAUUUAAAAGGACACAAGGUGGAAGUAAAAUUUCUCAUCUGGUCAUCCUAAUUCUGCUCACUGCCCUUCCCAACAGCAAGUGACAAACUCUUAUUUAACAGGAGGGGGCUAGUAUAGCUUUACUGUGUUCACUGUUAUGCUCAAAGUUCACUUGUACAACAAAGAACUCUAUUUAAUACUUUUAACUCAACCAUUUUUUAACAACCAUCUUCCCAAGGAAGAGACCCCUGGGAGAUCUAUUACCAAUGGUGUGCAGCUGAGAACAACGGCACUUUUCAUAGAUAUAAAUAUUUAUACAUGCAUGUAGGACUAUUUAAGGCUGAAUAACAUCCCUGUAAAAUGCACAGUGAGUUUUGUGACUAGAACUGUUCAGUUAAAUAAAUCUGUUUCUCUACCAGGUAUUCACUUAAAAGCAGUCACAUAAAAAUGAAAUAGUUGUUCUCAUGGUAUAGGAAAAAGAGAUAAUAAAAAGAUGAUGUUCCAUCUCUCUAGUUAUAACUGAUGAUAGCAGUAGCCUCUCCAAGAAAAAGUUUUAUAAGCUUUCACUGUAAAGUUUUAGUAACAAUGUGUAGACACACACCUUGUAUAACAAUUAUUUCUCAGUUGAAACAAGGAAAAGACCCAGAAACUGAUCUUCCAAGCUUGUACUGGGGUAGCCAAAAAUGCAACACUUGCUCAUGAAGACAAGCUGAAACAAUACAGACUGACAGGCCGAAAGGUUUAACAUGCAGUUAAGACCAUAUACCCAAAGGUAUGGUAUCAUCAGCUGUAAUCCAAACACCUUUCCUAUGCUGGUCUAUAGAAUAGCUACCCUGAGCAAGUAACAUGCAGCUCAAUAUUUAACACUGACUUAACCUUCCUGAAUUGAAAGGAGAGGGUAAUUUAACAAAUUCUCCAUCUGCUCUGUAGUUUUGAAAUAUGUCAUUUUGAUCUCUACAUUCGAAUAAGCUUAGUCAUACAAGUUGACUAAAGAGGGGGGGAAAAUACAGCUCAAAAUUUUACUGCCCCUCUGCUCUGCCUUCCAGAGAAGAUUAUGGUGAGACUUAAGAGGGAAAGCUUGGCUUCUGGGUGGUAGUAGGAAGACAAGUGCUCACAGAGGCUGGGGAAAGCAAGUCUAAAAGGCUCCUUGGUUUCUUCUAGGAAGCUGGAGCUUUCUCCUUUUGAUUCUGCUGUUGUCAGGAUCAGCUUAGCACUUUAAUUGCACUUACUGCAGCUGCUGGAUCUCAAGUCUGGAAUUACAGCCCUGUAGUCUUCUGUACUAAAAACAGUUGUCAUGGCUUCAAAGGGAAGAGAUGGCACUGAAAAGCUGCAUGAGCCCUACUAAGUGCUGGAUCUUCUGAGUAGACCUGAAGACAGCAGCACCCUCUUUUAGGUGGCUUUACAAUCACCAAAUUCCCAAACUCCCCUCUUCCCUAGCUCUCUGUUCAAAUGGUAACUUACCACUCACUAUAUCAUCCUUCCUUCCACCUUCUGUGUAUCAGUUCUGGGUUUAACUGCACCUUUUUUUUUUUUUCCCUUUUCUUUUCCUUUUGUGUUUUUGCUGCUUUGGUUUGGGGGUUUUGUUUUAGUUUGGGAUUUUUUUUCCUACUCCUGUUUAGCUUGCACAUUAAUGCUGCUAUCUCAGACUUGAAAAAGGCCUUGUGAACUUCAAGGCAUUUUAUUUUUAAACUCUAAAAUACCAUUUAUCCUUGCAAACCUGAUGCAGAUUUCUCUGAAUUCAAACUUGUGCUGAGAAUUUAGUAUUCAUCUGGAAGAAGUGUUGUGCUAGUAUCAAAUUGCUACUGCUUAAGAAAGUAUUUUACAUCCUGAAAAUCCAUGGUAAAGCCAGUGCUUUUUAUUAGACACAAAUUAAUUUGAUGAAUGCACUAUGGAAAAACUAAGCUAAACCAACCACACUAUGCUAGUCAUGGUAAUGGUGUUGUAUAAACGCCAUUACUGUAGGUUAACCCACAGUAAAACUGCAACUACUGCAAACGAGGAGUAUCUAUAUAUAUUACUUUGCCAAAAAUUAAACCUGACAAACUGAUAUUGCCUACUUUUCUUCCUUGCUCUUACCCUUAGUGCAGGAUAGUAACUUCAAAUGCAAAAAUUCUAUUUGAGAACUGUUUCUUUUGGGGUUCUUUGUAGAUACAUAAGUCUGAGCCAUCAGUGACUAAAGUUUAGCUUCAAGAAAUAAAUUACAUAAAGCAGGAAACCUCAUUUUUUCCUGUGCCUCCUUUCUGUACAUAAUACUAUGGAAUGUCCCCAACUGCUUUAGUCAUGAUCCAUCUAAGGAUUUUCACAAAUCAUAAUUUUGACAUCCACCUGAAGAGGGUCCCAAUACAGAGAGUGGCCUGAGUAACGACAAUCACCCCGAUGCGGCUACAUGUCAUCCCCCUUUAUUGCCCGAAUCGCUUGGUUAUAUCCUUUGCAAAGCAAGCACCUGCUGUUCACGUGCCCCAUACCUCUUGAUUAUUGGUCGUAAGCAACUCAUCACACGCCCAAAGAGAAACUGUGAUAGGCAAGCAUCUUGCGGUUUGCUGCAAACUUGUGCUUAGCUUAGCCAGAUACAUAGCUGGGAAAAUUCCUCAUUAACAGAUACAGUU